UAUUAGAAUCCCGUUGAAGGUAGGGAUGGUGAGAAUUGAGUGCGAGCGUGACCAGUGUUAGUACAGGAAGAACUUAUCCUUAUAAUUCUGGUGGAAACAAAGCGGUGGGAGAAGAGCAUAACAUAGCAUCUUUGGCCACAUUCCCACUCUGAGUUUGAUUUCAUUGUUGUGCAGUGAGCCCAAUCCAAGAGUUAUGGGAUUGGCCUCUGUCAUCCGAAUUCCGUUCAACUUGGAUCUCACCAUUUCACACUCUCCUUCUCCUUUCAGAUGUUCUGCAAUUCAUUAUCCCAUCUCUUCCUUUUCCUCAGUCCACCAUUAUCGUCCUCCUCGCCGUUUUCCAAUUCUAUGCUCCACACCAAUUCGCUACCACAAUCAUGCCCCAGAGGUAAAGAGGAUUAGUGCCCAACCAAAGGAUGACAUUGGCAACAUUGACAAAUCUCCUACUCAGGAAUCUGUGGCAAAUGAAGAUUACAAUUCCUCUGUUAGAACUGUAGCCUUAUGGGUGUGUGCUGCAGUGGCAUUUGGUGUUGGUUUGGGUUUUAAGGAAGGUUUUGACAAGGCUUCCGAAUUCUUUGCUGGGUACAUAUUGGAGCAAAGUCUUUCUGUAGAUAAUCUCUUUGUCUUUGUUCUAAUAUUCAAUUACUUCAAAGUGCCAGUUACAUAUCAGAAUCGUGUGCUCUCCUAUGGUAUUGCUGGUGCAGUUGUCUUUCGGCUGACAUUAAUACUUAUUGGAACAGCCACCCUUCAGAGGUUUGAGGCAGUCAACCUUUUCUUGGCCGCAAUAUUACUCUACUCAUCAUUUAAGCUAUUUGCCAGUGAAGAAGACGAGUCUGACUUAUCUGAAAACUUUGUGGUGAAGACCUGCCAGAAAUUUAUCCCUGUAACAACGUAUUAUGAUGGAAAUCGAUUCAUAACAAAUCUUGAUGGAGUUUGGAAAGCCACCCCUUUGCUUCUUACUGUAGCUGUUAUCGAACUCAGUGACAUUGCAUUUGCAGUUGACUCAAUACCGGCAGUUUUUGGUGUAACACGGGAUCCAUUUGUAGUCCUUACAUCUAAUCUUUUUGCCAUUUUGGGUUUAAGGUCACUUUACCUGAUAAUUUCUGAGGGUAUGUCAGAGUUGAAGUACUUGCAGCCGUCCAUUGCUGUUGUUCUGGGAUUUAUUGGGGUUAAGAUGAUCCUGGACUAUUUUGGAAUCCAUGUCUCAACAGAGGCAUCUCUUGGUUUUGUAGCCUCAAGUCUUAGCAUCGGAGUGGUAUUAAGUCUGGCUAGUAAGAAGUCUGACUAACUUAGAAACUCAAAUAGUCAAUUCCAAUUCAUGAUGGAUUGAGCUCUAUAUGAUUGCAUAUAUUUACCAAGCAAUUGCAUCAUCCUCUCUACCCCUACAACCUUCUCCCCAAAACAAUAAGAACCGGUCUUUCUUCUUUUAUGUAAACCAUGUAGUAAUAAUUGUUUAUUCAAUACAUUGGUGUAAUUGCCAAUGAAUAAUUUGUAGCCUGUCCUAAGGCUUAAGUUGAUGUUUAAUGCUAAAAAGCAUAAUUCUCAGUUUUUGGCAAA